CCAAACCCAUUUCUUCCCGCAAACACCAAACAUAUAAGAACACGGCGAUCAGAUUUUUGACAAAGUAAAAAAUUUCGUUUUUUCCCAAAUGGAGCUCCUUCAAUGGCGAAACCCGCACUGAACCACUAAUCAAGACUUCUCUUGUUAUCUAUAUUUCGUUCAAAAGCUCGAUUUUCUCUCUCUAAAUUACAACCAAGAACCCUAACAUCAUUCAUAUAUGGCAUUAUCGAUUGAUUCCACACCAGUAACUUCUUCACUCGCUCCUGGGUUUAGGUUUCAUCCAACAGAUGAGGAACUCGUACGGUACUAUCUCAGGCGCAAGAUUUGCGGUAAACCCUUCCGAUUUGAUGCGAUUUCUGACGUUGAUGUCUACAAAGUCGAGCCAUGGGAUCUUCCAGAUUUGUCCAAACUGAAGAGCAGAGACCUGGAAUGGUACUUUUUCAGUGCCCUCGACAAGAAAUAUGGGAAUGGAUCCAGGACAAAUCGAGCCACCGAAAAGGGCUACUGGAAGACUACUGGGAAAGACCGAGUGGUUCACCAUAGGUCUCAACAGGUAGGGAUGAAGAAAACUCUGGUGUAUCACAGUGGUCGUGCUCCAAAAGGUGAGAGGACAAAUUGGGUUAUGCAUGAAUACAGACUCAUCGAUCAGGAGCUGGAAAAGGCUGGAAUUAUACAGGAUGCAUUUGUCCUCUGUAGGAUCUUCAGGAAGAGUGGUUCUGGACCCAAGAAUGGUGAAAAAUAUGGGGCACCAUUUAUUGAGGAGGAAUGGGAAGAUGAAGAUGAGUCUGUAGUUGUUCCCAAACAGGAAGAUUUUACUCAGGAGUUGCCUGUUGAUGAGGAUUCGUAUUUAGAUGCUAAUGAUAUUGAGCAGAUUCUUAACACAGACAUGCCAGUGGAAGAUGUUCCUCUCCCAUUAAACUUCAAUCAGGAUGAUUACAGUAAUAUCAUCAGCAAUUCAGAUCAACCCACAGCUGAUAACUCUGAUGAAUCUAAUAAGUCAUUUGAACCACCUGUGCAAACUGUGUUCCAUGAACAUGCUGAAGAACAAAGCUAUCCCAUGAAUUUUGACAUUGAUUACUUGCUUGAUCAACCAUAUUUUGAUGCUACUUCUGAUUUCCCACUUGAUGAAACCUUAUUCUUUGAAGCAAAUGACCUUAAAGAUGAUGUCAACACCGAUUCCGGCCUCGACAUACUCGAUGAAUACAUGUCAUUCUAUAAUUCCGAUCUCGACAACUUCCAACCCACUUUUGAUUCGUUACAAAAUGACAACAUUGCCCUCGACUCAUCUUCACUUCUCAAGGGAAUCCAUCAAGAACAGAACAAUGAUAAGGAUAUCGCCUCCUCUUCAAAGAAAGAGCAUGCAGAUCAAGAAACAGAUAUUGCAUACCCGUUUCUCAAAAAGGCAAGUUACAUGCUGGAGAACAUAUCUGCUCCACCUGCAUUUGCUUCUGAGUUUCCUGCAAAAUACAUGGCUUCUGGUUCUCGUGGUCAAAGCUCGGUCAAUGUCACUUCUGGUAUGAUCCACAUCAGCAAUGUCUCGUUUGGUGGUGGUGCAAUGGACUUUUCAUUGGGGAAGAACACUCAGCUCAACAUUGUUGUCUCAUUUGGGGACAUGAACAAUGGGAAGGUGAAUUUGGGUGGGUCCCGCAGUUGGUUUUACUGUGGGCUUCUAUGGAUUCUGGUGGCUUCUUUGAGCUUCAAGAUUGGGAGUCUUGUAUGUCCCAGGUUUGCCUCAUAA